AUGUCGAGCAUUCCGGGCCGCACGCGUACUGACGGCCAAGAGGGGUCACAGGAGGGGUCGAAGGAGUCUGGAGGGAUUGAUAUCCCUCGAGUUGUGUGCUUGGGCGUAUAGUCAGGGACGCGGGCGUACACUUAGGGACGCCAGAUUGAAACGGGGGUAAUGCAGCGUUGGUGUUUCCAUGUCGUGUGUCGGCAGCAACGCGGCAGUUUGAAUGCGCAGGCACACAGUCAGGGACGCCAGAGGAACAAUUUAUUUGUUCGAAAACAGCGGAACGGAAGUGUCAUCAAUGCAAGUCGCGUGGGGAGGUAUCGCGUGCAUUCAUAUUUGAGUUGGAACAUGACUAUAAUAGGUGUUUGACUGCUGAAAGACGUGCCACGUAGUGCGAGUGACCAGAGGUCGAGAAAGUGGUUUCGGUCGUA